AUGCAGGUCACCAUCGCCACCAUCGCCGCCACUCUGGCUUUUAUUGGCACCGUUUCCGCAGGCCAACCUAAGAUGUUCUUCGACAUUAACUGCUACGGGAAAUGCAUUGAAUCUUGCAUGAUGACACCUGAAGAUGCCAAGAACGGUUAUCCAUGCGAGGAAAUCUGCAGCAGAAAGAUCGAGUGCUUCGAUGAGAAGGAACAUGAUCGCGACAUCUAUUCAUUCCACCAGAAUCGUCAGACCUGGCAGGCUAGAAUCAAGGCCAUGGGUCUCUCUAAGAACAAAAAUGCGCCCCUCAAGAAUGUCAAAGCCCAUUCUUCCGACGACAAGAAAACAGAGGCGGCACAGACAACCCCCGACCUCUCCAAGAACAUAAUUAGCGAGGUCACUAUUGUCCCUUCGCCUACUAAAGAGGCCUCGGUCAGUGUUACCGAAAAAGCUGCUGAGAAAGUCCACACUAUGGCAACUAAAAGCUCGGCUACCCGUUACGACAACAAUACUCAAGCCUAG